GUGGUGUUCUUGGAAAGUUUUGCACCCCUUGUGAAUUCUCUGAACCUUGGCAUUGCCAGCCCAUUUCUGUUGGGCCCUCCUCCUUUACAGCUUGCUCAGAUUAAGACCCAGUUGGCUCUUCAUCAGUUGAACUCACUUGCUUCAAACCACUCUGUGGCAUCUUAUGCUUUGUUAAAUGAGGCAUUCCUGAAAAUUGCCAUGUUUAACCCUAGAGGAAACAUGCCUCCAAGGCCAAGGGGACCUAAUGCACCUGGUCCAAUCCCACGUGGGCCUUUUCAGGGGCCGGGACCUGGACCGGAUGGGCUUCAAAGACAGCUCCCAUCUAAUCCUUCUCACAGAAUGCCCCAGAGAUUCAUGGGAACAGAAAUGAGGGCAGAAUUCCCCAGGCCGAACAUUCAGGUCGCUCAACACAGAAUGGAUCCGAGACAAGCUGGAGAGAGAAUGAAUAUGGAGCGGCAGCAGAAAGAAGAGGGAUGUGCUAGCCAUUGGGAUAAUCAGUUUCCACCUGGAAAUGUUAGCCGGGGUCAGCCUACUUCAGGAAGGAUUGCGGAACAUACCACAAAAGUUCAGAACCGUUACACAAAUGAGAGUGCCUCAAGUAUCUUAGCAAGCUUUGGCUUAUCUAAUGAAGACUUGGAGGAACUUAGUCGCUAUCCAGAUGAUCAGCUAACACCUGAAAACAUGCCUCUGAUUUUGAGGGACAUCCGAAUGCGGAAAAUGGUUUGCCAGUUACCUGGCUUACCUGCUCAAAGCAGAGAAAAGGAAAGUUUUCAUAGUGAUGAUAGCCGUGUUUCCAUGGUCAAGAGCAAUGUCAUUGAUUAUGGUCAUGAAAGCAAGUAUGGAUAUGCUGAAAGUCCACUUGAAGUCAAAGUCUAUAAUUCUGAUGUACCGAGUGAGGAGAGUAUGAAAGGGUUUCAAGCACAGCAGACUUCUUCAGUGACUGCUGCACCCUCCACUGUCACCAGUAAACAAAUGAAUGCAGUUGAAGAACUAAUACGACAGAUGGGCUUCCAGAGAAGCACUCCAAACACCCAGUCAUUCUUCCCAAGGGAUUCUUCAAACAAGAUGCCUGGGUUGUGCCUCCCUUCAGCAGGAGCUGGGGUACCUCCAGCGGUCCAGUCCGUGAUGCCGCCUGUGGUAUCACCCAUGCCUCAACCUGUGAUGCCUCCUGUAGUCCAGCAAGCUUUGCCGCCUCCAUCUGUUUCCCAGCCCAUAAUGCCUCCUAUGAACCAGCCACCACCCCCAUUUUUACCUGAAAUGCUUGGGGGUGUAAACAGGCAUGACAGGAUUCAUCAUGAAUCCAGGGCUAAUCCUCCUAAUGCUCCACCUGGACCUACCAGCGGCCAGAAAAAAUUCCAGAAAGAAGCUGAGAAUCCUAUUGAAUCUCCUUUUGGUGCGGUGAAAGCCUCUUGGCUUGAAGUUUUUUCACAGGCCAAUGCCCAGAAGAUGAAGAGGUUGCCAACUCCAUCGAUGAUGAAUGAUUACUACGCUGCAUCUCCAAGAAUAUUUCCACAUAUGUGUUCUCUGUGUAAUGUAGAAUGUAGACAUUUGAAGGAUUGGAUCCAGCAUCAGAAUACUUCUGCCCAUCUAGAGAACUGUCGUCAGCUAUGCCAACAAUAUCCUGACUGGAAUCCAGAGUCCCAUUCCUCAUCAAAAAGACGUGAAGGUGACAGGAAGGAAAACCAUAGCCCACGGCGACAUUCUGCCAGUUUCAGCCCCAAACGUUCAAGACGCUCAAGCUCUGGCCAUGCCAGACGCCGAACUCGGUCCCGAUCCAGGAGCCCCAGAUACCGUAGAACAAGUAGGACAAGGAGCCGGAGUAGACCAAGGAGCCGGAGUAGGCCAAGGAGCCGGAGUAGGCCAAGGAGCCGGAGUAGGCCAAGGAGCCGGAGUCCAAGACGGCUACCUAGUCCCAGACAUAGGUCAAGGUCUCCACGACGACCUCCAUACUUCAGCUCACGCUUUCGAAGGUCUUCCAGCAGAGAGAGAGGGCCAAGAAGAUCGACUAGAUCCCCAGAUAAGGAUUUGGAAGCUGUGGUGAAAUGUUUGGGGCCACAUUUUGUUGAGCAGUUCAAUAAACAGAAAUCGUUGCAUGCACACAGUCGAGAGACGUCGGGUGUAAAGAGAACCCCGCCUGAGCCAGGGAAGACGCUUGGAAGUGUGAAGAAAUCCCCAAGUAAUCCUACCGUUCCUCCAAAGCCCUCCAAGCCGCCUCAUCAUGGCCCAUCCGAUAAUACAGCUAAGCCGCCUGAGACUGCUGGUGGGUCAAGCAAAGGAGGGAUAGUAUCGGAAGGGAAGACUAAGAAAAUUGCCGAGCCCUAUCACAGGCUUUUGACAAAGAACACCUGGAGUUCUGGCACGGUUCUUCGAGUAUCUGAUUUACCAAGUGAUAGCUUUUCAGAUGAUAUUAAAAAAAUUAUUCAGCCCUUUGGAAAAAUUUGUGACAUCUUAAUGGUUCCUUCUAAAAAUGAGGCCUUUGUCCAAAUGAAUUAUAAGGAGGCAGUAACCGCAGCUGCCAGAUAUGGUGAAACAAUUCCAGUUUUGCUUAACGGCAGGCGUGUCAAAAUAAGUGUAGCAGGAAAGCCCAAAGCACCUUCCAAGCAGACCAAAGGAGAUGGAAAGAAGGCUGCACCAAAAGUUAAGAAGUCUCCUCAGAGAACAAAGAAAGAGCAAACGAAACCUGCUGCAAACCCGGACAAAGCAGCUGCACCAGUUACCUCUGCCUCAAAAACUAAUGUCAAGGAUCCUGGAAAAACUCAAAAUAGUGGGAAGACAAAGGCAUGUGUAAAAGAGAAAAAGGUUGUAGAGAAAAAGGUUGCUGAUACGAAGAAGUCUAGAGCUGAUACAAAGAAGUCCGGAGCUGAUACAAAGAAGUCUGGAGCAACAAAGACAGCUGUAAAACCAAAGAAGCCUGCAGAUUCCAGGAAGUCUGAGGAAGCCAAGAAAGCUUCCAAGAGCAAGAAGACCACAGAACCCAAGAAAACUGUAGAAUCCGAGGCAAAAGAAACAAGCAAGCCUACAGCCGUGCCAGAUACGACAGAGGAUGUAAAGAGCACAGAAGCAAGUGAAUCAGUCACCAAGGAGGCAGAAGAGAUGUGUGUGGUGGUUAUCUCUAGCUUGCCUGAGGCAGGGCUAACUCUGGAUGAGAUUUCUAACUUGACCAAGCCCUUUGGAAAAGUGAAAGAUGUCUUAAUUGUGUCUUCACACAAGAAGGCCUACGUAGAGAUAAGUCGCAAAUCUGCAGAUUCCAUGGUGAAAUUUUAUACCUGCUUUCCGAUGUGGGUGGAAAAGAACCAGCUGUGCAUUACGUUGGUCCCUGAAUUCAAGGAUCUAACGAACGAGGAGGCUAUAUUUACUGCCAUGAUUAAAGAUGCCAAUCCAAAGGUGAAUACAGACGCUCUUCAUGCACAGUUUGUUCACCUGGGCAACUUGCCAGAUGGGGGGUACUCAGAACUCGAAAUACUUUGUGUUGGGCUUCGAUUUGGACGAGUGGAUCACUACAUGGUGAUCACAAAUAAGAACAAGGCAAUUCUUCAGCUGGAUAGUGCCGAGUCAGCUACAUCCAUGUGCCGCUUCCUGAAAAGGUAUCCUUACAGUUUGGGAGAGUCAGAGUUGACAUUCUCACGAUCGCCAAAGAUCGAACCUUUGACAGCUGAAGUCACAAGAAAGGAGGUCAAAAAAGAAGAGCUAAGCAAGGAGAGCCCUGACUUGAAAACAAUUUCCGAAGGAUCAGGAGUGGUGCAGCCGUCUGCCGUUCCUUCAGCAAAGCCCAUUGAGGCCAAGGAAGAACCCAGUUCUAAUUUAAAGCCUAAGGUUCCAGAAGUAGAGACUGAACACAUGGACACUGAGGAAACGGUAUGUGAAGUGGUUUCAACACCACUGAAAACGGAAGUGACAGAAGAGGACCCUGGAGUUGGAACAGUAACCACCCCUACUAUACCGGUUGAUUCGGAAUCUUCUGAAAUAAAGUCUGAAGAAGUCCUUGCUUUGCCAUCUGAACUGAAGAUGGAAGAAAAAGUCACAGAGAACUCUAAUGCUGAAAUACUGGGAAACGUGUCCACGUGCACAGAAGCAAACGCAAGUGAAGAAUUAGCCUCCCCUGCUGAUGAAUCCUCAGAAGUAUUGCACAGCAUGGCCAAAAUGGAAAGUGUCAAUGCAGACUCUAGCAUGACGGUGAAAGGAGAAGAUUUGUCUGCUGUUGUUCCUGAGACCGGUGCACUGAACUCCACAGAAGGUCUAGUGGAAAAGCUGUCAGGAGGUGACCUGCUAUCAAAUAACAAGCCGAUAACUCCAGAAGCAGACAGUACAGAAGCAGACGAAAACAUAGCAGAAAUACCUGCCGCUAAGGGUGGAGUGGUGAUAGAUAUGGAAUCUGAGAUCCCCAUUCCCACAACAGAAGCAACUAUGGAGUUGGAAUCUGAGGCCACAGCAGUGGAGACUAAGGAAGCCACAGAGAAGAAACCUGAGUUACAAAUGGCCAUGGCUCCAGCAACUGUAGAGGAGCAACCUGAAGGGCAGGUAUCAAAUGAUGGAGCAGUCAAGGAGGAGAAACCUGAAAAUAAUGCAAGCGAAGAGAGUCCUGAACAAAUUCUACCCAAGGCACAGCCAAGUAAAGGACAAGGACAAGCUGAAACUGAUGAAUCCUCUAAAACUAGUAUACUUACGGCAGAAUCAGCACCCAGUGUGGAGGCUUCUUCGGUUAGUAAAACUAUCCUAAAGGCUCUGUUGUCUGUUCCAAAUAUAUCAAGAACAAGAGCACGAAGAAAAGAGGAGCAGAAGACGGCCACAAAGCCCAUAACCAGGAGCCGAGCGGGUGCCGAGAACAAACCUGUGUCGAAAGAAAUGAGUCAGCAAAGGCCGACAAGCAGGACAAAUGUGCCAGAUAGCAGCAAACCUAAGCAGAAUAUAAGUUCUGUUGUUGUUGUGUUAGGCACUGGAAAGAGCUCAUCACAGCAAGACCAGGACUCCCAAGUGGAAACUAAGGGUAGCCCAAAGCCGACCCGAGAGCGAGAGAAUAGAUCAUCCAGCACGAAGCGAGACAACGGCAGUAAUAAGGUAUCUACUGGAAGGAAUACAAGAAGUUCUAAAAACAUCACAAAACCAAAAGAGGAAGAGGAGCUUUCCCCAUUUAACUUGGAUGAGUUUGUUACAAUGGAUGAAGUUACAGAUGAAGUGGACUCUCCCUCACAGCCCAGAAGGAACCCUGCGAGAGGCAAAAGGAAGGAUCUUGACAAGAAAGCCCCUCACGAACCCAGCUCUAAGAGAAAGAAGGGCAAGACCUCUGCUGCCCAUGUUGCUGAGAGCGAGCUCUCUUUCGUCACACUGGAUGAGAUUGGAGAAGAUGAGGGUGCCAUGGCCCUGGCAGAAUUUGCCAACUUUGAAGCUAUGCCAGACCCCUUGGCAUUUGUCACUGUAGAUGAAGUGAAUGAGGAGGAGGAGGAGGAACUGAUUGAUGAAGUGAUCAAAGAUCCUCAGUUACUUGUCACUUUGGAUGAGAUAUCUGAGCCAGAAGACCCUGCUGUUCAUGCCGAGCCAGAGGACCCGGCUGCUAAAGAUGCCUUCACUUCUGGGGAUAACGAGCCCGAUCUUAAAGCAGAGCCAUUAGUGACUGUAGAUGAAAUUGGAGAAGUGGAAGAGCUUCCUCUCAACGAGCCUUUGCAUUUCAAGGAUGAGGAGACCUUAAAACCUAGCGAAGAUGAAAAGCACGUUGUUGAGGACCCUGGAGAUUUUCUUUCUUCUCAGAUGCCAGACGAUCCUAGCGCUCUAGUUACUGUGGAUGAGAUCCACGAGGACAGUGAUGAUCAGCCAUUAGUGACUUUGGAUGAGGUGACAGAAGAUGAUGAAGACUUCCUGGAAGAAUUUAAUCGCCUCAAAGAAGAUCUUAACUUUGUUACUGUAGAUGAGGUUGGCAGUGAGGAUGAGGAAGAGGGAGAAGAUGAAACUUCUACUGGCAGAAAUGUGGAAGAGUUGGAUGCCAAAACAGAAGGUGAUGAAGAGUCUAUAAUGCCAUCUGCUGACCUGGAAGAAAUUGGAAUUCCAGAUGGUACACCACUAGAAGAGGGAGUGGAAGCUUGGGAUGAUCUACUGGAAGGAAAUGGAAUAAUUAACACUGAGAUGGAGGAUCCUGAAGAGAAGAACAGCUCUGCUGCAGAAAUAAAUAGGCAGGAAAUGACCCUAGUGGAUAAAGAAAAGGAUGAAGCAGGAGAAGGUUUAGAGAAAACAAUCAAGACAGUUGAAGAAGAUUUAGAGAAAACAAGCAAAGCAAUUGAAGGAGGAGGAGAUUUAGAGAAAGCAAGCAAAGCAAUUGAAGAUUUAGAGAAAACAAGCAAAGCAAUUGAAGAUUUAGAGAAAACGAGCAAAGCAAUUGAAGAUUUAGAGAAAACGAGCAAAGCAAUUGAAGAUUUAGAGAAAACGAGCAAAGCAAUCAAAGAAGAUUUAGAGAAAACAAGCAAAGCAACUGAAGGAGGAGGAGAUUUAGAGAAAGCAAGCAAAGCAAUUGAAGAUUUAGAGAAAGCAAGCAAAACAAUUGAAGAUUUAGAGAAAACGAGCAAAGCAAUUGAAGAUUUAGAGAAAACAAGCAAAGCAAUUGAAGGAGGAGGAGAUUUAGAGAAAACAAGCAAAGCAAUUGAAGAUUUAGAGAAAACAAGCAAAGCAAUUGAAGGAGGAGGAGAUCUAGAGAAAACAAGCAAAGAAAUCAAAGAAGAUUUAGAGAAAACAAGCAAAGCAAUUGAAGGAGGAGAAGAUUUAGAGAAAACAAGCAAAGCAAUUGAAGAUUUAGAGAAAACAAGCAAAGCAAUUGAAGAAGAUGUAGAGAAAACAAGCAAAGCAAUUGAAGAAGAUGUAGAGAAAACAAGCAAGACAAUUGAAGAAGAUGUAGAGAAAACAAGCAAAGCAAUUGAAGAAGAUGUAGAGAAAACAAGCAAAGCAAUUGAUGUAGAGAAAACAAGCAAAGCAGUUGAAGAAGAUGUAGAGAAAACAAGCAAAGCAAUCAAAGAAGAUGUAGAGAAAACAAGCAAGACAACUGAAGGAGGAGAUUUAGAGAAAACAAGCAAAGCAAUUGAAGAAGAUUUAGAGAAAACAAGCAAGACAACUGAAGGAGGAGGAGAUUUAGAGAAAGCAAGCAAGACAACUGAAGCAGAAACAGGUUGUGAGCAUCCAUUGACAGAGGCAGAGAGCUGUGAAGAGGGUGCUGAAGCAACUGAAAUGGAAGUUGAAGGAAACUCAGCGUCCACUUUGGAGGAGGCGGAAGCAGCAGAUGAUGCGCUGAUGGCUUGCGCAGACGUCGGUGUUGCCACAGGGGACAGUCAGGAUGCAGUAGCUGAAGAACUGGACACAGAAUCGGAACUGCCCACACAGAACCCUGAUGCACCUCCUGAUGAAAAUUCGGAGAGCUGCAGUGAAGCAACACCUUCGCAAUCUUCUGAAAAGCCUGAGAAAGAUUUGACUAGCUCAGAAUGUGAAGAACCAGAGUCCAAACGGAGAAAAACAGAUUCUUCAGAGAAAUGCAAGCCCUCAAGCCAACUGAAAGAUUUAGAUUUCCUUGUCCCAAAGGCUGGCUUUUUCUGUCAGAUCUGUUCCUGUUUUUGUGUGGAUGAAGCAUCUAUGAAAACCCAUUGCCAGUCGCAGCUUCACCAGCAAAACAUGGAGAAAUUCAUGAUCAAGAAAGCGGCGGAGGAAGAGAAAAAGGAGGGUGAAGAGGGUGCCGACGAACAGGUUUCAACGUGAUAUGAAGCGAGAACCUCCUGCAGAUUUUAUUUAGGGUCCAGUCAGUUCUGUGUAUGACGUUCAUGGUUUCAUUUUGUUCCUUUGCAGAGUUUCAUGUUGUACUCACUUCUGUUCAUUAUAGACAAAAGACUAAUUAUAA